AUGGAAUCGCUUAAAUAUGUGACAUUUCAUAAGUGUGAGACAUUGGAGAGUUACAAUUGUACAAAUACUGUUGAGAGGUUGGUCAUCAGUACUUGUGCUUCAAUAUCAUCCUUGACCUUCUCAGCAAUGCAGGAGCACCCAUGCCCUCUUACUGAAUUGAUAGUGGGUGAUUGUGAUAACAUAAAAUUACAACCCAAACCCAUUCCAGCAAAAGAGUUAAGUUUGUCUCGCCUAACAUCUCUUGAGAUCAGUGGUUGCAAGAAUCUAAAGUCAUUUCCACAUGAGCAUUUUCAAAGUCUCACAUCUUUGGAAGAACUGGAGAUAAGUCAAUGUCCACGUCUGGACUACUCCUUUCCUUGUGGGGUGUGGCCUCCUAAUUUAAGCAAAUUAAGGAUAGGAGGCUUAAAUAAGCCCAUGUCAGAGUGGGGUCCGCAGAGUUUUCCUACCUCACUAGUUGACCUAUUGUUAUUUGGCGAAAAUUCAGGAGUGGUUUCAUUUGGAGUGGCAGAUGCUGUGAGGAAUACUAUUACUCCAUCAUCAUCAUCAUCAUCAUCAUUAUCUUUUCUUCUUCCACCAUCUCUGGUUUCUCUAACGCUCCAUGGUUUUACUGAUGUGGAAUCACUUUCAUAG